AUGACCUCCAACGGGACGUCUCAAGUUGUCGUCUUGAAUGGGACCAAGUAUAGGGCCGUCCGUGAGGGGUUGGCCUCUAUCUUAGCUCCAUAUGGAGCAGACACCGAACAUCAACCCCCUGCUGGUAAUCAAGUCAAGAACAAUGACGAAGGCAAUCAGGCUGUCUUCUACAAUCCCAUUCAGCAAUUCAACCGAGACCUGAGCGUUCUCGCCAUUACUGUUCAUGGUGAAGGUGCCGUCAUUGAAAAGUCGGCGCGAAUCAGCAAAAAAUAUUCCAAGUCCAAAGACAAGAGAAAACAAAACGUUCUCAGCAAGCCUCUCAAGGAUAGCACGGCAGUUUCGGUCCAGGACACUGCAAAUAACUUGAAGCGCAAGGUUAAGGAAUCUGAAACCCCCAACGAAGACGCACUCCCGAAAAGCCCAGCCAAGCGACCCAGAACGACAGAUGACUUCCAAGACGAGGACGAUCUCCCUGUAGCUCAGUUGGAUGAAAACCCCCAGGAUGGAAAUCUCGAAAUUGUCCAAACAGCGCCAGUCUCGGCCCCAGCCUUACGCGACGCACCCUCUGCCGCUCUUGACGUCAGCGAACCUACAUCUGAAACCCCUCAGCAGCCAACUCCGAAACAGACCCAGUUCACAAUCCUCGACGCUCUCUCAGCAACAGGACUUCGAGCCUUGCGAUACGCCCAGGAAAUUCCAUUUGCAACCAAAGUCGUUGCUAACGACCUCUCCCCAGAAGCCGUCAAAGCCAUCAACCUGAAUGUCGAGCACAACGGGCUCAAGGGCAAGAUCCAUGCCAACCUUGGCGAUGCUCGAGCCUUCAUGUACAGCAAGGUUGGCAACGAGCAUUCAAAGGCACCAGAGGGCUAUGUUCAUCGGUUUGAUGUCAUUGAUCUCGACCCCUACGGCACAGCAGCCCCUUUCUUCGACUCCAGCCUCCAAGCACUCCAAGAUGGAGGUCUUUUGUGCGUGACCUGCACCGAUGCUGCCAUCUUCGCGUCAACAGGGUAUCCAGAGAAGACUUACGCCAUGUACGGUGGUAUUCCUGUCAAGGGCCCACAUGCCCACGAAGGGGGUUUGAGAUUGAUCAUUCACGCAGUUGCGCUGGCUGCCGCAAAAUACGGGCUCGCCAUCGAGCCACUCUUGUCGCUUUACAUCGACUACUACGCGAGAUUAUUCAUCCGUGUCCACAAAAAGCCCAACGAAGUCAAACUUCUUCCUGGCUCCACCAUGAUUGUGUACGGCUGCGGUCAUGGCUGUGGCUCUUGGACCACUCAACCAUUGUUGCGUAAUCAGUCACAGACCGCCAAAAAUGGUGACGUCUUUUACAAAUACAUAUUUGCCCAAGCACCGACAUCUGCUCCCAGCUGUGAGCACUGUGGUUUCAAAACACACCUUGUUGGCCCCAUGUGGGCUGGGCCGAUACACAAUUCACAUUUUGUUCAGCGAAUGCUGGAUAAACUGCCAAGCAUGGACACCGCGGUCUAUGGCACUACCGAUCGAAUGAAAGGAAUGCUCACUCUUGCUCUCGAGGAAGACCUUAGCACAACGCCGUCCACGGUACCAGCAAAGGCCCACGGCCCCAUUGAUCCCAAGAUAAUUCCUCGCCUUUCGCCGUCAGCUAUUGAUGCGUCACCAUUCUUUGUCAUGCCAACCCUUCUCGCCAAAAUACUCCAUUGCACGACCCCAUCAGAAGAAAUGAUGCGGAGCGCCAUUCUCAGUCUGGGUUAUCGUGUGUCGAGAUCACAUUGUAAAGCCGGUAGCAUCAAGACCAAUGCGCCAUUCACCGUCCUGUGGGAGAUUGUCCGUGAGUUCAUGCGGACCAAGUACCCCAUUAAGGAGGGUGCAGUGAAAAAGGGAACUCCUGGCUGGAACAUCCUCGCCAGACUAAGAGGUACAGAAGGAAAUAUCGUGACGAAGCUGAAAGAAGAUGGGUUGUCCCAAAUCCGACGGAGUGAAAACAGGCAAGACUUGAGGGCCGCCCUACAAAGCAUGCUCUGGGAAUUGGAUCAUGAGAGGGCGGAAGGGGCAGAUUCCAAUCAAGAUGAUCCACAGGUCAAUGGAAAUGGAGAUAACGCCGAGAUUCCAAAGGAGAACCCCGAAAGUCCUGGUCCAGCAUCGACGGAGACCUUCGAUCCAAGCAAACUAAAGAUUGUGUUUGACGAAGAACUGGGCAAGGACAAACAACGUUCCAAGUUGGUUCGAUAUCAGACCAACCCGAGAGAAAACUGGGGUCCCAUGAACCGAGCUGGCAGAACAACGUGAUAGCUCCCCAGGUCCUGUUUCCCACGCUUGCCAUGAUGGAAGGAAUGGUUCCCAUAAGGAAAUCUAGACCAACUGUCCGUCUGUGUAAACACUUGGUCGGCUCUCAAAUGAUCUCAUACACUUUGGCCCAGAAAUGAUUGAUUAUCCCACUCUGGUAGAAG